GAACCCCAAGAUCGUGCAGAUUCUGGCAAACGACUUUCAAUCAACUGACGGCAUCAACAAGUGGAUGCGGUGUUGCCACGCGGCCAUCAGCUGCUGUGACAACAUGAACAGCGAAGAUGUGUACCCAGGCGAGGGCUACUGUCCCGCGAACUGGGACGGGUGGAGCUGCUUUGACAAAAGCCCUGCUGGAACGACGCAGAACAAACCCUGUCCAGAAUUCAUCUACUUCGGCCAAGAACCAUCCUGUCAGCAGUACAGCGACAAGGAGUGUGACGGAACGGGACACUGGGAUGAGAACACAGAUUAUGUGCCGUGCUCUCGCGACCACAUCGUACUGCUGAGGGGUAGAACUUCAUACCACGUGAUCAUACUCUUCAUUUCGAUUGGCACGUCACUUCCAGCUCUUGUCAUCUUUUUCAGCUACCGAAAACUGUGGGUCACGAGGGUCAUACUCCACAGAAACCUCAUUUUGUCCAUUGUGAUCCGAAACUCUUUCAGCAUUGCUGUGAAGUCGCUAAUCAUUCUAGACGCCAUCAGCGAAGAAAGGAUUGGAGUGAUGCAGUCCAACCCAGUUUGGUGCCGGGUCAUCUCCUCCAUGGACAGACUCGCCGGUAGUGCCGUCUACUCCUGCAUGCUCCUGGAGGGGAUAUUCUUACAUCGCCUCAUCGCCGCCGCAUUCAGAGGAGAGCCGAAAAUGACGUAUUACUACUUGAUGGCCGCCGGUUUCGCCAUUCUUCCAUUUGCGAUCUGGGCCUUCAUCACGGCUGAAUACAACGACGUCAACUGCUGGGCGGCAGAUUCCACGAACAACGGGUACAUUACUGAUGGGCCUCGCAUCCUUAUGCUCGUGAUUAAUACACUGUUAAUGCUGGACAUUGUACGAGUCCUGUGGACGAAACUACGGAGGGUCAACACGGCUAAAUCCGGGCAUAUCAGACGAAUGACGCGGGCCACCAUCUUGCUAAUGCCGCUGUUCGGUGUCCAGUUCCUGGUGACUCUGGUCCGUCCCAGCACGAAGGACUGCACCCAAGAAGAGGCGUACUACUACGCCUUCUACACGAUGGACGGGCUCCAGGGCACCUUCGUUGCUCUGUUCUAUUGUUACCUCAACAAAGAGGUACACGUCCAGGUGCUUCGCACCUACAACCUGUUCAUGGCCCGCCUGUAUCGCCUGGUAGGCAAAGACUACGAGCCCAAACACCGCCCCACCUGGGCCUACAGUGAGCGACGUCCCACCGCCACGAGCUUCAUCAUGCCCGACGACGGAACGAGGCCCAGUGUGUCCACACGCGCCGAUGCAGGGACUCAGAAGGACCCGCAUCCUCACACCAGACGGCCGUCGAUUGUCAUCGGCACAGUGAGCGACAUUCUAGCUCAGCACGAAGGCGCUCGGCCGCCCGGAACGCGGAUCCCGCGGAGAAGCACGGCGUUUCCCAGGAAUUCGUCCAGCAACGACGAUUCGCAAUCCAGUCAUCUCGUCCCAAGUCAGUCUCACCCCACGAACAGCGCGCGGCAAAGGAAAGUUUCUACCAUAAGCGAGGAGGCUCAGCCCGAGAACGAAACGGUCCAGACGUCUGGCUCAUCGAGAUCACCGAGCAAAGCCCACGAUUCUGACGAGGACGUACAGGGUUCGAACCAAGAGAAAAUGAUCAGUUCACAAGAUUCGCCUUUUGAGGACACCUCCACGGCAACAGAGGAUCUGAACGCCGGACUCUCGGGACAUACCCCGGACACACAGGCAAAGCAGAGGAGCGUGACGUCAGGUAGCGAGACGUUCGCCUGACCGCGACGUUCCGAUGCGAGUGUCAGAUAAUUGAGAACCAAUGGAAAAAAAUCACACGGAAUAAAAAAGCGAUCCAUCUUGGGACAGAGACUUUAGAACCGUUUCGACAGAGUAUAUUUGUGUUACACACCGUGAUAACGCAUUACUGUUGACAGGGGGAGGCUCUUCAGCCGAUAAUUGGAAAGUCUAUGCAGUUAGCAGUUGUUUUUAAAUCUAAAAUAAACACCGCAUUACAGUCUAACCAGCAGGCACAACGUCGUUAAAUAAACAGAAGAAUAACAAACGCAAACUACGCGUACUGUGCGCUGCAAGGCACCAGAUACUGCACGUAUUUGACGCAAAAUAAAUAUCCGAGUCUGGGCCGGGUUCAAGAUGACAGCUGUCAAAUAUUCCGUAGGACACUUCGGGGGCUGUCGGGCCAUUGUCCGAAAACAAAUCCCACCUGCGUAAUUUUCUCGGGGAAUUUUCGCAGCUUCAACCUGCCGGAAAUAGUCCGCAAUUGUGGACUAGUUUAAAACUCGGUGAAAUUUUAAAAUUUCCGAGGUCCAGACACUGACCUCCACCCCUAAGCCAGACAGACGAGUGAUUACGAAACAGUUUGGAGACACGUUCUACAAUUUCGGAAAAUUCUGAGAAUGUAGGGUGAGUCUGUGAAAAGGAAUGGAGCAAAGGUUACCUGGUUUUGUGAAACGGUGUCAAGGGUAAAAAUGUUGCACUUGGAAGCGAGAAUGGCAUAUAGUUGCGGGCCAUUCUAACCAGCCGAGUAGUAACCAAGGUUAAAUUCUUGAAGGGAGAUAAAAAAAAAUAUACGUUUCUCACGUCACAGAGUUAUUGAUUGCAGUUCGACAAAUUCAAUGCAGUUCAGGCUUGGACUCAAAUCUGUUGAUAUUUUUGGACAACCCUUUUACUCUGGUAUCAAAAACACUUAUGACAAUAAAAAUUAAACAAACAAAAUUAAACACAGUCACGGUGAUGCAAGUUUGUUGUCCCAACACACUUAAUGAAGUAACUUAUUGCAAGGCCGACAUCACCAGAACGAAAACUAAAUCAUUAAUUACGAAAUAAAACCUGACUGAGGUAAAUUCUGUGCGCUACACAGGCGUCGAAGGACAAUAUGGAUUUUCAAGUCGUAACACUUCUGAGAGUCGUUGGCUGAAGUGAGGUGACCAGUCGUUCUUCCUCGACACCUCCCAAUUUAAAAUAGACCACGAACCGAUUAAACCCAGUUGCUCUCAAUCAACACCCAUGAAUACAAAUCUCGUCUCGUUCGACGUCAUAUAACCUCUGCACCUUAAGAUUAUCUACAACCAACAAAUCAACCGUUACGUGCUGACUGACAGAUCAGCACAGCUAACAAACAAACGAAUGAUAUUUAUCGUUGUAAAAAUUUAUUCUAUAAAUUUAAUUCUCGUUCAACUAUGAAUCAUUCAACAGGCAAACGCUGUCCAGUUCUUGGGGUGAGAAUUAUUAAGGUUUUUAUGUGUAGAAUCAAGAACGAGGCUGAUAAAUGAAAAUCGAAACUUUGAGAGUUCUUACUUGUGCAUUGCUUAAGAGUUUGCAUAUG